UGCUUCCCAUUUUUAAUCAUAUAUGGACUAUAUAUUUGAUACAUCGAUUUUCUCUUCUCCAUAUCCAUACACCGAUCAUCAUUUCGAGCAACCACGAUGCUUGAUUUUUUCUUUACCAAAUCUUUCAAUUCCUCCCAAUGUAGAACUCUGUUGAAGCUUACAAUCCCUCGGAUAAAGUUGUUGAGGAAUCGAAGAGAGAUUCAGAUAAAACAGAUGCGUCGAGAAAUUGCCAAGCUCCUUGAGACUGGCCAGGAAGCCUCUGCUAGGAUUCGGGUGGAGAACAUUCUACGGGAAGAGAAGAUGAUGGCUGCUCACGAAUUGGUUGAAUUGUUCUGUGAGCUUAUUACUGCUCGUCUUCCAAUUAUCGAUGCACAAAAGGAAUGCCCUUUGGACUUGAAAGAAGCCAUUUCUAGUGUAUGCUUUGCUGCACCGAGGUGUGCUGAUCUGCCAGAGUUGCAACAGGUGCAAACGUUGUUUUCUGGUAAAUACGGUAAAGAAUUUGUGUCUUCUGCAGCUGAGCUUAUGCCCGACUGUGGUGUCAAUCGGCAGUUGGUUGACCUUUUAUCCGUCCGAGCUCCAUCUCCUGAUGUUAAACUGAAACUGUUAAAGGAAAUUGCCAAAGAACAUGAGCUUGAUUGGGAUCCCAGUGCUUCGGAAAAUGACUUACUGAAGACUCGUGAUGACUUGCUGGAUGGGCCAAUCCAGUUUGUCAGUAAUCCCGGACCCCGAGCCCCAUUUACCAACACGCAUAAUGAUGAGGCUAACUCUACAACCUCACAAUCAGCUGUGGGUGAACACCCUGAUUCUGAUGAUGAUUUUGAAAUUAUAGACUUUCCAGAAGUUCCUAUGCAGCAGCCAUCACAGUCAAAUAAAAGCAUGAAUGAAGAAGAAGAUGCGAAGAUUUCAAUGCGCCAAGCACAAGACAAACAGUUUGUGCCAUUCAUACGUCCUCCUCCUUCACAGUUGCCUGAACCAUAUCCUGUGGAAGAAAAUGGUUCAUCGCCCUCAGCCACAAAGACAAUCGAUGAUAAAGCUGAUUUCCAAGACGUUUUGGCUGCUGCUGAGGCAGCCGCAGAGACAGCAGAGGGUGCAGCAGCAGCUGCUCGAUCAGCCUCUAGCCUUGCUGAACUUCGUAUAACUGAGCUCAUGAAGAAAGAGAAUGAAGAUUUCUCAUAUUCUGAAUCUGAGAACCCGUUCCACAACGAGAAAACCAAGACAGAACUUAAAGAGGAGGUUGAAUUAGAUGCAAUAAACCCGUUCGCACAUUCUAAAACUCCCUUCGCCUCUCCAGGCCGAAACAGCGCCUCAGAACACUCUUCUUAUGAUGCAAAAGGUGUAUUCGAUUCCUACUCUGAGAGCGACAAUGCUUUCAGCUAUAGCAGUUUUAACCGAACUCCGCCAUUGUCACCAAUGGAUGACGAUACGGAUUUCUCGUACCCGAACUUGUUCACAUCGCAAGGCUAUAAGUAAGCAAUGAGGUCUGGUUUCAAGGAUGUCAAUUUUGUGGUUAGUCUUUAUUGAGUUAUGUAUCCUUCAGGGGAUAUCGAGGUUUUGUUUUGUUGUUGUAUGCGUUCUGACUAACUGCUGUAAAAUUGAUACGCAAAUUUUGUUUAUCGACGUAGAAAGAAUAUUUCAUUUCUUCAUGUGUA